ACUAUAGUCUUCAGAAAUAAUGCCAUCGGUAAUGCGACAAUCGACGUUUGCCGCGCAGCUGAAAAUCAGCUCGAUUCUAUUUAGAAAUCGAUUUCAUUGGGCAUAUAUUUACUUUUCGCUCCAGUUGGAAGCUGCGAAAAAGAAAACUUGUCGAUAAAACCCAUUGGAGUAUAAAACUACACGUUUGAACUACAAAACGGUUGCCUUAUUAUAUACUCGGCGCAUUCCUUUGGGCUGCAAAAUAGUGACUCACCGGUAUAUGUAUAAUAUCAGAUUCCUUCGGUGACUAAUCGAGAUUGCAAAUUAUGCGCUGCUUUAAUUGCGUACAAAGUAGAUGAGAUAACCAAACCGAGCGAGUAUCGAUAGAAAACCCGAUAGCCACAUGUAACGUGAUUUAUACAAAGGGUUCGCUCGCGUAAUCGUGAUCCGCAUAAUAUCCGCGUACGUCGAAGAACCGCGGAGCGUGUCGACCUCGAACUAUUCCACUUGAAAGAAGAAAAAAAAAAAAUAAUGGGAACUGCUAAAAGAUUUUCACCGCAAACUACUCCACGGUUGACCGCAAAUUCGUUGAAUUAUUCGAAAGGACGAUUUACACUAGACUCGGACGUUCCAUUUAUCCAUCCUAGGUACGGUUUUCGUUCGGGGCGUAUCGUCGCCGGGAUAUUCGAAACCGAAGUGUCACGGUGGUCCGUUCGCCGUCAAUUACAGUCGCAAUUAAUUGUAAUCCUAGUCCGGCGGCUCACCUCGCGUAAUUUCAUCGCGAACGUAGUCCUCUGCAGCGGAUCAGCGGCAGUGCGUUGCGAACGCCGUUGAAAUAGAAAUCGUUCGCCUAGAAACUCGGGUCCCAAAGUUACACCGUCUCGUAUGAAAAUGGCUCCCACGCGAUCGGUAACUGGUUUUUUCCCCCGAACCGUCCGAGUCUCGGGUCGUUGUUUUCGAAACCCGUCCAUAAAUUACUCUAGCAAAGAUGACUGGCUCGCAGUCGUACGCCUCAAUCUAAAAAGUUACGGUUAUAUUUUAAUAAAGGAAAAAGCCACAGAGAUCACGGUUCUUGAAUAUAUCCGUUCGACCGCGAUGUUUCGAACGAAACGUACCAGAGCGCUUUUCUUCGCGUUUUCACGUAGUAGCGAUUAAACGGUGACUAAACGAAAAUCGUGUACGGAGAAAUCGCGUCCAUUCGUCGGGCCAGGAUAUCCAGCUAGCGACACUUUCGCUUUUAUAGUAUAAAACUUCACGACACGUCUUAUCUCCUAUCUGGAUAUUUUUAGGACGAUUUACCUCGAAGACACGGGGUCGUUCGCCAGACGUUGCUGCACGGAUAAAAUAAUAAAUAUUCAUGCUCCGGUUAGUUUUCGACACGUGCCAUCCACGCGGGAGCAAGGAACCGUUCUUCUGUGGGUAAUCUUUAAAGGCAGCCGUGUCUCCGUGUCCUCCGUGACGUUACGUCUUUCGAAUACCAAAAUCACUCACUAUUGGUGUUGAACGAUCGUUUCCUACCUAACUACACAUCUUUGCGGAUAUCCGAUAAUGGGACGCCCUAUGAGUUUAAGGAUUUGAAUAACCCGUAGCUCGUAUCGGUACCCUCUCGGUAACAAGGUCUCGAGAAUCACGUGACGUCUCCUUUGUUCUUACUCCCAUUUCCAUUCCCUAAUUUUUUUUCGUCCACGGAAGACGCGUAGCGCGUACAGGAAAAAAUUACCUCGCUCCCCUUCUUCGGGCCAAGGCUUUCUACCCUAUUGUAUAAACGGAACUUGGCUUAGCUGGUACCCCUGCAAGAUUUCCUUGUGUACGAUUUCCACCUGGACUCACAGCAGCAGACGUUAUAGUUUUACAGCUGUGCCUUUUAUGUACAACGAAUGCUCCCCGAGUAAGCGCAUGUGUCCGGAAAUAUACCACCCAGUGUCCGUAGAUAUAGCGGUAGAACGGUACGUACGUACGUAUACGUACGUACCUAUAAAGUUGCGGGCAUUGUCACUAGCGUGCAUAAGAAACACCCGGCUAGUUGCCAACAUUUCACACCUCGCAAUUAAGACUGUGUAAUUGUGGAAUGCAAUUACACCGUGUAUGGUGAUAUAACGUUGAUCCGUGCAGCGGUCGUCUGCCCUGAAUCUGAAGUUAAAUAGAAUUUCGAAUAAAGUGAAAUGAAGAAAAAAAAAAAGAAAAGAAAACAAUUGAUGGGAAAGGUAAAAAGGGAUAAAAUAAUCGAAAGACCGCCCUUGGCGUUUCCUGUACCGCGGGUGGACAUGAAUCAACGCUAACUGGUCAAUCAGAGUAGGAUAUGGAGAUGGAGAGCGAGGUGCGAUCGUUGAAGCAGGAAUUGGAGCGGACUCGCGAGGCGCUGAAACUGGCGACGAAACGGUGUCGCGAUCUCGUACGAGAAUUGGAUCAUCGUACGGCGGAUCGGGACACGGAGAGAUCGUUACGGGAUCAACAACUGUCGCGUAUACUUCGCGCCCUUCUCGUCGUAGAGGGACGCCUCAAGCAGGAGCAGAAAUCGAUCCGUCAACUUCUCUGCGAAAAGGACAACGUGAUAAGAAAUCAACAAUUGGAAAUAGCCAAGUUGCGUAGGUACACGAAGAAUUACAUAAAAUGUAAACGGGACAACACGCUGUGCAAGGGUGUUCUCGACGCCGACGAAUCGACGGAAAUCAUGUCCGACGAUCUUCACGGUGUAUUGUCCGGCAAUAGCGACGUCGCCAGAUCCGACAGUAGCCUCAGCAAAGACAUUCGCACGCUCAAGUGCGAGAUCAUAACCAGAUUGAACGAGGACUCCGACCAGGAUCACGGGCUUCGUAAGGCGCACAGUUUCGCCGAGAGCGACGUUUCGAAAACAAGCAUCACCUCCAGCGAGAUCACCGACGCGUCGAUCACCACUACGGACAGCAGUCCGUCGAUGUUGAGUACGGAGGGAUUUUGCGAGGGCGAAAGUACCGACGUAUCGCCCGGUUCCACGCUGAACAAGUCGACCCACAGGUGUACCCCGAUCGUCAUUACGGACGAACUUUUGUCGAGCGACAACGAAAUCGCCGGUGACGAAAGACCCGAGUUACCGAAACGAAAGGUUGUUUCCGUACGCGGCAAGUUGCUCAAAGAAUCGAAAAGGUCGGAGUUCAAAGGCAACGGGGUUACGCGGACGGAGAGCAAAGACGACGGAAUGGACAGUAACUUCGUCUCCGACGAGGAACCCGUUUAUGAAAAUACUUGCUAUCUCGAGUCCAGUAAAGAAACAACGAACGGCUCGGACGACUCGGUCGAACUGACUAGGAACAACAUCAAUAAAUCCGAUCGCGCCGAUCAGCCCGCUACGAUGGAACAGAGUUUAGAGGAAAAUAGUGGGAAUUGGUACAGCGAUCCGGACGAGGAUAAAGCCAGUGACGAGGUAUUCCGACAUCGGGCUUAUCAACCGAACAGCAAACACAACUCGGUUCUGGAAUGCGUUAAUCAGAUUCUAUUGCGUGACAUGGAAGAAGAGGAAAAUGUCCUUUCGGUACCGAGGAGAUUCAAAUACCGUGGAAGGACCGUUAGAUUCCAGCCGGCAAGAUUAUCGGACAUCGAGUCAGUCGGAUCCGAAAUGGAGAGGAGAAAUUCCGAGGAGCAUGUCUCCGAACCGAAAGACGGAACGCGUCUCGACGAACGUAACGAGGUUAACGAUUCCGCGGGAUUCAUCGGUUCGCUUACGGACUCGGAUUUCAGAGCGAAGUUGGUGCAAUCUCCCGGUGAGUCGGGGCGUGAUUCGAUGACGGAAGUCCUUGGCUCUUCAAACGUGGAUUUUGAAGGAUCCAAAGCGAUACCGCUGGUAAUCAUCGAGCCGAAAGUCGAACCUGAAACGGUCGGUGCGGAAACUAACGCGACGACUCCUCAGAAAAUGAAAAUCUGUACAGACCUGAUGAAAGUGUCGUCGGUACACAGAUCGAGUCCGCCGUUGAAAAUGGAACGGAUGGAGGAAAAAACUUGCCUUCAAAUGUGCGCCAAAGGGCUGACGAUCGCUAAAAAUUUGGACUACGAGGAGAUCGAGUCGUUGCCGGAAAUAAAUUCUGGUAUAAAAACACCGCCGGCUUUGCCGCCGAAACCGCAGUACAAAAAUAACACGUUGAUACUGAAGAAGAUACCGAGUCCCUCUUUUCUGAUAAACGAAACGCACAAGAAACAAGGCGGAGUCGAUAGUACGCCCGAGCACGACAAGAAACUGUUCAAUUUUUCGGUAUCGCCCAAGCUGGGAACGGUUCGCAGUUUAUCGUACGAAGAGAAGAUAACAUCGAAAUCUUCGCGAACGAACAACAACGAAUCGCAGAACGACGUCCUCCUCAAGAACAAAUUCGACAGUUUGAGAUCGUCUUUUCAGUCACGACAGAAUUUGAACAACGUUUACGAGGGUGUUGGAAGAAUGCCAAAGGUCACGAAUAUCGUGCGACACUUCGAAGAGUUCAAAAUCGGCGAGGCCGAGGACCGGACCAUCGCCAAGGACAAAGAUAAAAACAAGGACAGGGAGGUCGAAAAGUUACGACUGGACUACGACCAGGAUGACAUUCGGCAAAAUUUCGAAGAAUUCAAUCUGGACGAAUGCGAUCUGUUCCACGACCCGGAUCGCGCCGAUGCCGACGGAUCGGAGAGGCUGAACGACCUGAUACUAGCGACGCAAAUCGAGAACACGACCAAGGGUAAAGAUUUGAAUGCAAAUGGCGGGUAUGACCACUUCCUAGAGGCAACGGGGCUCAGUACAAAGUCUAUUCUGACCCCUUCGCGACUGCUCAGCAAUCACAAGAGCAUGCUGAAACCGAAGGACGUGAAGUACAAGAACAAGAUCAAAGCGACCGCGGUAUUGGAAAGGCACGGUAUCGCCGCUGUUAGCUCCACCCACACCCACGUUAAACACUGGACCGGCCCUUUCGUCUGAGCUGACUUACAGUUUGUAACUCGUGUGGCGCUUUAAAAGACUCCUCGGUUGAAUAUUUGAAUUUUUCUCGAAUCCCUUCCGUCGAUAGUCGUCCGUCCGUCCGUCUGACGCGAGUAGAAAUAUUCCCCGCUGACGGACGAUCUUGUGAGUUUACUCGAUUUAUCUUCAGAAUUGAUGAAUUGUCUCCACACGCGGUCACCGCGUGUGAACGUGAUUUGUAAUUUUUUUUCAACGAAUCUGAAGAGUUUAUUACCUGAGAGUAAGGAUAUUAUUUAUUUGCGUGAGGUGUGCUUCGCUGUAAAGCUGGCGUUUAAAAUUGUCCAUUACCGCAUCUCCGAAUAAUAAUCUUUAUGUCAAAGCUUCCGUAGCUUUUCUGUAUACGAAUGUAAAUAAAACUAUGUAUGUGAAAGUAUAA